GUCGGGAAUUGUUGUCCUGGAAACCACGGUGAUGCUGUCCGGGAACUGUCGGGACUGCGGCGGGCGGACAGGGCCUGGGGGAGGGGCCUUUGGCCGAAAGUUGGGGGAAGUGCACCGAGUGAGUGGCGGCCGGGGGACCGUACCUGCUUGCCUUAUUGGGCAAAUACGGCCUUCCAAGUUGGAGUCUAACGCCGUGGUGUGAACUGGCCACCCGAAUAGGGAGUAAAUAGUGCUUUGUGUCUUUAAGGAAGCCCUUUUUUAAAUUAAAAAAAAGUCUUAAUUAUAAGACUCUCUUUAAAUGCCCAACUGCAUGCUUGGAGCUUUGGGACUGAAUUUGGAACUUUCCUGUCAAGCGACCUCCCACGACUUUACUGCUGAGCCUGUGCAUGUGUGUGUAAGGGGAGAAAUCCAGGCAUCUAGAUGCAGACUUGUACCCAGUUACUUGGGGUCGCGUGCGCUCAGCCGGGACCUGGGCUCGUGCGCUUAGUCCGGAGCCCUGAUCUGCGAACAGGAUAUUAAAACUUCUAGUACAGUUGAUUGGACUACUUGAGCCAUCGGGAUUUGGGGAGGAACUCCAGAUUUGUCAUUUUUAAACUCUAAAUGUAUGAGGAAUUUACAGAAUGGAGAACGAAAAGGAAAAUCUCUUUUGUGAGCCACAUAAAAGGGGACUAAUGAAAACACCUCUGAAAGAAUCCACCACAGCAAAUAUCGUGUUGGCAGCGAUCCAGCCUGACUUUGGCCCUUUAACCACACCCACCAAGCCCAAGGAAGGCUCUCAGGGAGAGCCGUGGACACCGACAGCCAACCUGAAAAUGCUCAUCAGUGCUGUGAGCCCUGAGAUCCGCAACAGAGAUCAGAAAAGGGGUUUGUUUGACAACAGAAGUGGAUUACCUGAGGCCAAAGACUGUAUACACGAACACCUAUCUGGAGAUGAAUUUGAGAAAUCCCAACCAAGUCGAAAAGAGAAAAGUUUAGGAUUAUUGUGUCAUAAGUUCUUAGCACGGUAUCCCAAUUAUCCCAACCCUGCUGUGAAUAAUGACAUCUGCCUUGACGAAGUGGCAGAGGAACUUAAUGUUGAACGUCGACGCAUUUACGAUAUCGUGAACGUCCUAGAGAGUUUACAUAUGGUGAGCCGCCUCGCCAAAAACAGGUACACUUGGCACGGGCGACACAAUCUCAACAAAACCCUUGGCACCUUGAAGAGCGUCGGGGAGGAGAAUAAGUACGCCGAGCAGAUUAUGAUGAUCAAAAAGAAAGAAUAUGAGCAAGAGUUUGACUUUAUUAAGAGUUAUGGUAUAGAGGAUCAUAUCAUCAAAUCAAACACUGGCCCAAAUGGACACCCAGACAUGUGUUUUGUGGAACUCCCUGGAGUGGAAUUUCGGGCAGCUUCUGUAAACAGCCGCAAAGACAAGUCUUUAAGGGUAAUGAGCCAGAAAUUUGUGAUGCUGUUUUUGGUGUCAACGCCUCAGAUAGUAAGCCUAGAAGUUGCUGCCAAGAUUUUAAUUGGGGAGGACCAUGUGGAAGAUUUGGAUAAAAGCAAGUUUAAAACAAAAAUUAGGAGGUUGUAUGAUAUAGCUAAUGUUCUGAGUAGCCUGGAUCUUAUCAAGAAAGUUCAUGUUACAGAGGAAAGAGGCCGAAAACCAGCUUUUAAAUGGACCGGCCCAGAAAUCAGUCCAAAUACCAGUGGCUCCAGCCCAGUCAUUCCUUUUACUCCCUCUGAUUUGGAGGUGAGACGGUCUUCAAAAGAGAACUGUGCCAAAAACCUCUUUUCCACACGUGGGAAACCAAACUUUACUCGACACCCAUCUCUUAUCAAAUUGGUAAAGAGUAUAGAAAGUGAUCGGAGAAAGAUAAAUUCUGCGCCCAGUAGCCCUAUCAAGACCAACAAAGCUGAGAGUUCUCAGAAUUCUGCACCCUUCCCAAGUAAAAUGGCUCAGCUCGCAGCUAUUUGUAAAAUGCAGUUAGAAGAGCAAUCAAGUGAAUCCAGACAGAAAGUGAAAGUACAGCUGGCAAGAUCUGGACCCUGCAAACCAGUAGCCCCUCUGGACCCCCCAGCGAAUGCUGAGAUGGAGCUGACAGCACCAUCCCUCAUCCAGCCCCUGGGAGUGGUUCCCCUGAUCCCCAGCCCAUUGUCAUCAGCAGUGCCCCUGAUCCUACCUCAGGCCCCUUCAGGCCCAUCCUAUGCCAUCUACCUGCAGCCCGCUCAAGCCCACCAAAGUGUGACGCCACCCCAAGGCCUGAGCCCAACGGUGUGCACCACCCACUCUUCUAAAGCUACUGGAUCAAAAGACUCCACAGAUGCCACCACUGAGAAGGCAGCCAAUGAUACCUCAAAGGCCAGUGCCUCUACCAGGCCUGGAAGCUUGCUGCCAGCACCAGAGAGGCAAGCGGCAAAGAGCCGAACCAGGGAGCCAGCUGGAGAAAGAGGCUCAAAGAGGGCAAGCGUGCUCGAGGACAGUGGUUCCAAAAAGAAAUUUAAAGAGGACCUAAAAGGACUUGAAAAUGUCUCCACACUAAUGGUCUCACCAACUUCCGUGGCAGCCGUACCUGUCGGGAACGGCCCGGCUCUCACUUCAAGCCACCCUGUUCCCAUCCAGAACCCAAGCUCAGCCAUUGUAAACUUCACCCUGCAGCACUUGGGACUCAUCUCACCCAGUGUGCAGAUGUCUGCCAGCCCUGGGCCUGGAAUUGUUCCUGUGUCUCCAAGAAUAGAGUCUGUUAAUGUCAUACCAGAAAAUGCAGGCACUCAGCAAGGAAGGGCCACCAACUAUGACUCACCAAUCCCAGGCCAGAGCCAGCCAAAUGGACAAUCAGUUGCUGUGACAGCGGCACAACAGCCUGUUCCUGUGACACCCAAAGGGUCACAAUUAGUGGCCGAAAGUUUCUUCCGUACCCCAGGUGGACCCACCAAGCCAACCAGCUCAUCCUGCAUGGAUUUUGAGGGUGCUAAUAAAACCUCCUUUGGAACUCUCUUUGUCCCACAGCGAAAACUGGAAGUCUCAACAGAGGAUGUCCAUUAAUCAACAGAUGUUGACUUAGUUUAAUUUUCUAAAGAGUUGUUUAAUAGAGAAAAUGUACACAGACUGAUUUGGAGAACACAUUCUCUGAAAAUACUGUAAAUACGUUGGGGAUUUGCUCAAUGUGAAAUCAGAUACUUGUUUUCAUACAUACAUAUAUAUAUAUAUAUAUAUAUACACACACACACACAUAUAUUUGUAUAAAGCUAAGUUUAGCUUUCAGUCCUACAAAAUAAAAGUAAAAUGUUGAACUCUAAGAUAUAUUAACUUCUAGGGGGAAAAAUCCAUUAUUUUAGCUGUGCCUAUACUAUUAUGCAAAGUAACUGUAUUAAAGUUUACUUCCCUCUAAGUAAAUAUGUUUGUCAUGCCUAACACAGCAUUCCCUUAAACAUUUUGCACAAAGAAAACGCUGUGUGAUGUAUAAUGUUGUGUUUUUAAAUAGGGGUGUAGCUAUAUUUUUUGUAAUUUCUUUCAUCUGUUGUUGCAGUGUAUCUUUUUGUAAAGUUUGCAACAAUCCUCAAUCAAGUCUAUGGAAAAAUUAUUUAUAAAACGUAUUUUUAAUCAUAAGUUGUUCAAAUUAAAACUUUUCUAAAAUA